AGGAAGAAGGAAGCUCGGAUAUGAUGUAGAAACUGUUCAGACCUAUUGGAAGUGGAAGUUACAACCGUGUAACAGAAAGUCCGCGUACACCGUUAAUCAUACUAUAAAGGUUUUAAACUUCUUACAGUUUGCCAUAUUUCUCCAAAUGGCUUAUCCAGGAUACGGUGGGUAUGGGGGUCCCAUGCCAGGAAUGCCAGCUCAGGGGAUGCCUAUGCAAGGAAUGCCAGGAGGGCCCAUGGGAGGGGCCAUGCCUGGGCAGAUGGGAGGCGCACCACCCCAGGGGGGAUAUGCCUCCUAUGGAGGAGGCUAUCCAGGCACAUACGGUGCCCCACCCCCAGCUGCCAAUGAUCCAAUGUGGAGUUACUUUACAGCCAUAGCAGGCCAGGACGGUGAGGUCGAUGCAGAGGAGCUCCAGAGGUGUCUGACCCAGUCUGGUUUCACUGGCAGCUACACUCCAUUCAGCCUGGAUACAUGCAGGAUCAUGAUUGCAAUGCUUGAUAGGGACUCUACGGGCAAGAUGGGUUUCAAUGAGUUCAAGGAGCUGUUCACCGCUCUCAGCGGCUGGAAGCAGAACUUCAUGAUGUUCGACCAGGACAGGAGCGGAACCAUCGAGUCUCACGAGAUGAAUCAGGCAGUCAACGCUAUGGGCUACCGUGUCAGUCCUCAGGUUCUGAAUGUAAUCAUCAAGCGCUACAACAAAGGAGGAAGAAUCUUCUUUGACGACUACGUGGCUUGCUGUGUCAAACUGCGAGCUCUCACAGAUACCUUCAGACGGAGAGAUACCAUGCAACAGGGAUCUGUCAACUUUCAGUACGAUGAGUUUAUCCUGUGCACAAUGGCCAUCUGAGGUCUGCUGUCCCACACCACCAGGUCAGUGCGCCUAACGAACCAAUCGGUGGUGGAUUGUGGACCACUGCCUCAUGAGAAUGCACAGGGAGGCCAGUAUAUUUGACUGCGGCCAUGAGCUGCAACAGGAAAGUGCCCAUUGCUUGUAAUGCUUGCUGUCAUGCUUUAUGUCACACAGGGAUGUGCUGAAGAUGUAUCCGGUGUGUACACAUACAUACAUACAUACAUACAUACAUACACACACACA